AUGAAGGUCGCAAUCGCAGGGCUUGGAGAUGUUUCCAAAUAUCUCUUGGAAGAACUUCCUAAGGAGGGACACGAGGUUGUUGUUUUAACACGCAGUCAGAAGCCACACAUCAAAGCUGUGGUACAGCGAGUAACUGAUUACUCUGUUUCUGAUUUAAAACAACAUCUCACCGACUGCGAUGCUGUUGUUUCCGCAAUCACCAUUCACGUUCCGGAGUUUGCAUCUAUUCAUCUGGCGAUUCUCGAUGCAUGCAAGCAGUCUGCAAGAUGCAAGCGUUUCCUCCCUUCGUCUUGGGCAGGCAACUAUGAGGAGGUGAACGACCAGCCACUAUUUGCAGGCGAGGACCUUUUGCCCAUCCUUGAUGCCCUUAGGGCCCAGAAGGAAGUCAGCUGGACCUUCUUCUGCCAAGGGUGGAUGGUGGAUUACAUUCUCCCUUCAAAAUCACGUUACUUAGCCGAUUUUGGCGAGCGAUGGGUUCAGAGCUACGAAACCAAAGUUUACACCCUGUACGGAAAUGGUAGCCAAAAGGUCGACUUCACGUCUGCUCGGGAUACGACCCAUGCUGUCGGUGUCUUGUUGAAACAUGACCGCAGCACAUGGGAGGAGUUCACCUGCGUUUCUGGACAACGCAUGACGUGGCGAGAGCUAUAUGACUUCAUUAAGUCUCGAGAGCCUGAGUAUACACUGCAGAAGAAGUCUCUGGCCCAAAGUAUUAAACAAUUUAUGGCUAAAGAGAGCAAGGAUAAGGUUGCUGCAUCUAUGUACGAGGUGAUGGGCCACAGCGAAGCACUCGCAUUCCCUGACGGGAAGGUAGAACAACACCGAGAGAAGUUUUUCAAGAAUAUGAAAUUUCGGACUCCAGCAGAGAUAUAUGAUGAAGCGUUGGGAAACCCUGACGUGGUAGUUUAG